AUCUUUCCCCACUACCCACUACCUCAAUUUCCCACUCUCAUCAAUUCUGUCACAUUCCUCUGCUUAAAGAACACACACACACACAAACAACUUCACGAGACCGUCCAUGGCAGAAAAGGGUCACCUUUUUUCCUCCAUCUUCUUCCUCACAUUUCUCCAUAUCCUCCAUUUCUCUUCUCCCAAGCUCGAGGUUUCAACACCGCCGCCAUUGCCAAUCCUCCCACUCCCUUCCUUCUCCCAAUUGAAAUGGCAACAGAGAGAAGUCAUCAUGUUCCUCCACUUUGGACCCAACACUUUCACCGACUCCGAAUGGGGCACUGGCGCUGAGUCCCCCGCCCUCUUCAAUCCCACUUCUCUCAACCCCGCCCAAUGGGCCGCCACUGCCGCCGCUGCCGGAAUUUCCCUCAUGAUUCUCACCGCCAAGCACCACGACGGCUUCUGCCUUUGGCCUUCCAAAUACACCACCCACUCCGUCGUCCGCAGCCCUUGGAAGGACGGCCGAGGAGACGUCGUUAAGGAGUUCGUCAGCGCCGCCACCGCCCACGGCGUCGAUGUCGGGCUGUAUUUAUCACCGUGGGAUCGACAUGAUCGGAGAUAUAGCCAUGAUUUGCCUUAUAAUGAGUACUACUUGGCCCAGUUACAAGAGCUUCUCCAAAAAUAUGGGAAUGUGAGGGAGAUUUGGUUUGAUGGAGCCAAAGGUCAGAAUGCUCCAAACAUGUCAUAUUACUUCUCGGACUGGUUUGCAAUGGUGAAGGAGUUGCAGAGCUCCAUCAACAUAUUUUCCGAUGCUGGACCGGACAUCCGAUGGGUUGGAAACGAGAAAGGGUUUGCAGGGAUGCCGUGCUGGUCAACGAUCAACCGAACUUUGCUUGCCAUAGGAGCAGAAGGCAUUUCCGAGUACCUAAACAAAGGUGACCCAAAAGGGACACAUUGGGUACCACCAGAAUGUGAUGUAUCCAUAAGAAAGGGAUGGUUUUGGCACAAAUCAGAGUCCCCAAAAAGCUUAAAUGAACUCCUAAACAUAUACUAUAACUCAGUGGGAAGAAACUGUGUUCUUCUCGUCAAUGUGCCUCCCAAUUCCACAGGUCUAAUAGCCCAAGAAGACGCCGACACCCUCAAGCAAUUCAAGGCAGCCAUUGACACAAUUUUCACCACUAACUUGGCUCACAAUUGCUCAGUCAAAGCCAGUAGCCAAAGGGGAGGCAAAGAGGGAGGGUUUGGGCCUGAAAAUGUGUUGGACAGUGACCACUUAUGGACUUAUUGGGCACCCGUGGAAGCUGAUGCUGAUGCUGGCCGUGAGCAUUGGAUUGAGAUCAGAAGUCAGCAGAAUCAAGCGCUGAGAUUCAAUGUGAUAAGGAUCCAAGAAGCCAUAGGACUUGGUCAGAGGAUCAGACGGCAUGAGAUUUAUUUGGAUGGAAAGAAGAUUGUGGAUGAGAGCAGCGUUGGGUAUAAGCGGCUGCAUCGGAUUAAAACUGGGGUGGUUUCUGGUUAUGUUGUGAGGGUUAGGAUCACUGAGUUUAGGGCUGUCCCUUUGAUCUCUUCUUUGGGUCUCCAUUUGGACCCUUUUUGGCACCCAACUGGGUUGUGACUUAAGGGAUGGUGGCCUUUUUGCUCAGUGAUUAAGAUUACCUAAACAAAUAAAAAUUAUUACCUUAGAGUGUGGUUAA